GUGUCUUCACCCCCACGACACUUUCACACACCAUUCUUUUCUCUCUCUUAUCUCUCUCUGUAUCAUAUUUAUAAGCCUUCUUCUUUUCUUAUUUCUUUCCUUAAUUUGCUCUCUAUGCCCACGCCCCCACCCAGGCGUACGUUAGCCUCCACCACCACUUCUUCAGCCGCCAAAACCCCACAACUCUACAACUUCUGCUCACACUAUGACAAAUCCAAGUUUAUGGUUCUCUAAACGAGAGAUUGAUGCUCUCAUUUUCCUCUGUCUUCUAUUGCCGGCGGCGUUACCCUACGCUGGAGCUCAGCCGCCGAGUAAUAAUGAAAACGAUCCGUAUGCGUAUAACCGGUUCAGCCCGUCGAUGGCGAUCAUCAUCGUCGUCCUCAUAGCAGCGUUAUUCUUUAUGGGAUUCUUCUCGAUCUACAUUCGUCACUGCUCUGAUGCCCAAGCAGCAGCUGAUAGCGCCGCCGCCGGAGCUGGAGCGGGGAGGUCAAGAAGGGCUGCUCGUGGAAUCGAUGCGGCGGUACUUGAGACUUUCCCGACUCUGGAGUAUUCGGCGGUGAAGGGGCUGAAGAUUGGAAAAGGCGCGUUAGAGUGCGCCGUGUGUUUGUGUGAGUUUGAAGACGAUGAAACGCUGCGUUUAAUCCCCAAGUGCGAUCAUGUUUUCCACCCCGAAUGUAUUGACGCGUGGCUAGAGUCACACACCACUUGCCCCGUUUGCCGGGCCAAUCUCGUACCCGGACCCGACGAGUCCUUGCACCGACCCGAGUUCCCCACGCAGGCUGCAGACAUCGAGGCUCAAAACGACGCCGCUGGAGUUGAACCAGCAGCGGAAGAAAGAACCCAUGAGGAACAACUUCCGUCAUCUGUGUCGGCUACCGAACCAUAUGUUUUGGAUAUGAACAAGACUUUGAAUCGGAACCGUACACGUGGAUCACGAUCAAGCAGGAUAAGCAGAUUUUUUCCGCGUUCUCACUCGACCGGACACUCGUUGAUCCAACCGGGCGAGAACACUGAGCGGUUCACUCUGAGGUUACCGGCCGAAGUGAGAAAGGAGAUAAUCCACCGUCAAUUGGAACGGGCCACUAGCCUAUUGGUGUUGCCUAGAGAAAAUAGUUCGAGGCGUGGGUACCGAGGCGGUGGUGAAGGGAGUAGCAGAGGUGGCCGGUUCGGUAAGAGGGUGGACCGGUUGACUAAGUCAGACCGCUGGAAUUUCUCGAGGAGUUUUUUCAAUAGAAUGUCUUCGAUGAAAUCUCCAAAGGUAGCUGCAAACGAUGGUGAAGGAACCUCGUCGGAACGAAUUAUCGGGCCGGAUGUGCCACGGAGUAACUCAGUCCGGCCGCCGGUUUAAUUUUACCGGUAGUUUCAAAAAUUAAAUCAUUUUUCGAAGACCAACCCUCCUUUUUUUUGUGUACAAUGUCAAUAGCUUUUUUUUAAUUUGUUUCUUUGUUUUUUUCUCAUUUUUUUAAUCAAUGCUAGGCUUCACAAGGCCAGUGUAUAUGUAACAUGACUAAUAUUCAGUAUUUACAGAUACAGUUCGCCAAAAAAAAAUAAA